UGAAGUCUUUAUAAGCACCUGUCUGUUGGCUUAUCAUUACCAGUUCGUUUUUGGAAUUCGUGCCGAAAGAAAUUAGAUUAGGAUUUCCCGCAUUUUAAAUUUAAGUUUAGGGUGAAAUCAGGCGAAAUGAUUAGAGUGAAAAUUAGUGUCUUAUGUGUGUUCGGGAUCCUGUUUCAAAGCCGUGAUUGUUUCGGUGCCUCAUAUUUCCAAUCCUCGAUGCUGUAUCCAACUGAAGCAAAUGGUAUUCACAAUCAACUUAGCACGAAAUGGAAUACCGGUGUACCAUAUUUUCUUUUCAAAAGCAUGACACAAACUGUUAUGGACGACUCAAGAUAUACACCGGGGCGAUCUGUUGGAGUUCAGUUUGAUCAGCAAGUGGAGUCGCCCAAAAAGGAUGAGCCGGCGACCAAUUUUAGCCAGUCAGUUUUGUUACUACAAAAGCUGAGAAAUUUUGUGAUUGCAGCCAAAAACACUCUGUUAGAAGAUAAUGAACCAGAAAAUUCAAUUUCGGAGUAUCCCCGUGGACUGCGAGACGUGAAAGUAAAAAAAAAAUUUAAGAAGUUCCUGCUGCCCCUACUCAUAGCGUACAAGCUGAAGUUCCUGACUCUGAUCCCAGUCCUUCUCGGUGGUCUACUACUGCUUGCCGGUUCCACAGGGUUGGCCGGAUUUUUCUUCGCCCUUUUUGCUGCUGUGAUGAGUCUUAAAGGUGAUGGAAAAUACUAAGUUUGGAUGCUACAGCUUCUAUCGAAGGACACAAAACUAUACCUUUUGACAAUACGCAAAUAAAUAAUUG